AUGCACCGGCAAAUCCUCGGCCCGACACCCCUGCUCCAAAUUUCGAGAUGCGUCCAACACCACAGACCACGGACCGUCAUACCAUCACCAACUCCUCCUCGACCAAGCAUAGAUGCGGCCGUCAAGAUGCUCUACGAGCUAAUAGCAAUUGUCCGACCAGGCAACCUAGGCGAAGUAAAGGAAAUCGCCCAAACAGUCGGCUCCCUCGUCCUUCGAAACGGCGGCGUCGUCCGCGGCCUCGACAACUGGGGCAUCUUCUCCCUCCCCAAGCCCAUCUCCGUGCACCAAAUGAAGCACACACACGGGCACUACUUCGUCAUGCGGUACGACUCGUCAACCAAGGUCCACCAGAACGUGCGAACGACGCUGCGUCUGGAACCCCGCAUGAUUCGCUCGGCGCACGUGAAGCUCGGCGACGGCAAGCUAAGCACCUUGUCGGGGUUUGGGGAGCCAAAGUGGAGGACCCAAGGCAGCGAGGCGUGA